AUGGGCCUCCUCCUUCCAGCAGAGGAGCAUCCCCGGGAGGACGUCGGUGGAGGAUGGCCUGUCGGAAGCCAGGCGGCCGUGGGCCCAGCCAGCCCUUUCCUGCCCAGCCCCCGCGGCCCGAGCAUGGGCACGCUCAGCGCCCAAGACCUCAGGGGCAGCGCCCGGUCGCCCUCGGUGCUGCCCACCAAACGGCACGGCCGCUCCCUGUCGGAGCCGGAUGAGCGGGCCAUUAGCAGGUCCCCGAGGCUCCCUGGCGGCCCCAGGGUCUGGACUCCAGUCACCAAGAGGCGCUGCCACAGCAGCGGUAGCGCCUGGUUGCCCGGCCGCGCCCUCCCGGCCACCAGCGCCGCUUCGGCCCCUGCGCCCUGGCUGCCCUUGGCCAGCGGCAGCCUCCCUGCUCCAGGCCUGGGCAGGCCACCCGCGGGGGCCCGCACACCCUCCCAUGAUGCUGCCUGUCGCUGGCGCAGGAGCGCCUGGUGCUGGCGGGCGCGGCCCCACCCUCGGCCGGCAGCGCGCCCGCAACCAUGCCCGCAUCCACGCCCGAGCCGGGCCGCUGCCAGGGCCUGUUCCACUGCUCCUCUCAGCCGUGCGUCUGCGCAGGCGGGAAGGGCUGGUGGAAGCAUGGGCGUGCAGAGGCCCUCGACUUCCUGA